UUAAGUUUCAGCUUUAAUACUACUAGAUUCAUUUUUAUUUUAUUUCUUGUAGGAAGCUUCAUCUGCUGGAUUUAAAAGCAAGCAGAGAAUGCAGAUCUUCCUUGGAUGAGACCCCGCUAAGAAAUGGUUCAACAUCUCCCAGCAGUCGCAUUUCUCAGAGCAGAAAGAACAGAUCUUCAGACCCCCGUGGCAUGAACAAAGCCUCUGGCAUUAAAAGGCCGGGAGGAUGUCCUUAACUGACGAGCUGGAGAGCCACUUUUCUGCAACCCCUUACAUGCUGACAGACACAAGCGAGGGCAGCCUGUUCAGAAUCAGACCCAACGCCUCCGCCAAUGCCACCGGGGAUGGUGUGCCAGCUGCCAGUUCCAUGGAGGACAUGAUCGCCAUCUGCACCAUCGGGACAAUCCUCUCCCUCAUGUGCGUGAUUGGGGUGACGGGCAACGUCUACACCUUGCUGGUGAUGUGCCAUUACUUGCGAUCAUCUGCCUCCAUGUACAUUUACAUCAUCAACCUUGCACUGGCAGACCUGCUCUACCUUCUCACCAUCCCCUUCAUCGUUGGGACCUACUUCAUUCAGAAAUGGUACUUUGGGGACAUUGGCUGUCGCAUCCUGUUCAGUCUGGACUUCCUCACUAUGCACGCCAGCAUCUUCACCCUCACAGUCAUGAGCACGGAGCGCUACUUUGCUGUGCUGAAGCCCCUGGACACAGUGAAGAGGUCCAAGAGUUACCGAAAGGCCAUUGCUGUUGUCAUCUGGCUGGUGUCACUGCUGCUCACUCUCCCAAUGCUCAUCAUGAUCCAGCUAGUGCAAAGCGACAACAAAAGCAUCUGCCUGCCCACUUGGAGCAAGCUGUCCUACAAAGUCUAUCUCACCAUACUUUUUGGUACCAGCAUCGUGGGUCCAGGGGUAAUCAUUGGCUACCUUUACAUCCGAUUAGCUAAGAUUUACUGGGUGUCGCAAACAGCAUCCUUCAAGCAGACCAAGCGGCUACCAAAUCAAAAGGUGCUCUAUUUAAUCUUCACGAUAGUGCUGGUGUUCUGGGCUUGCUUCUUGCCUUUCUGGAUAUGGCAGCUCCUCUUCCAGUAUUAUGAAUCCUUCCCUUUAUCUCCCAAGGUGAUGAAGAACAUUAAUUAUCUGACAACCUGUCUGACCUACAGCAACAGCUGUAUCAACCCUUUCCUCUACACCCUGCUCACCAAAAACUACAGGGAGUACCUGAAGAACAGACAGCGGUCCCUUAGCAGCAGCAGCGGGUACUUCCAAAGGAGGAAUCGGUUUCAGAGGAUUUCGGGGAGAUCCCUGUCCACGAGCAGUCAGCACUGCACAGAGACAUACGUUCUUGCUCACGCUCCUUUGGGAAACAGCAGUGCCUGAAGGUAAAAUAUAUCUCCAAGAACAAUCAAUACUGACUUCAGUGUUGCUUUGAUUUAAAGUGUACAUUGUAAAUGCAAAGCCUUAGCAGACCCAUAAUGUGCACACAUUUAGUCCAGAGGCUGUGCCAUAUGUCUGUUCUCAUUUUCUUCAGUGCCGCUGAUUUGAUGCUAGCAACAUUCAGCUGAACAUCUAUCUAAAUAACCUUUCGCUUUUUAUCUUUAUAUUUUAUAGCGUAUGUCUCCUCAAGUAGUCAUCAAUAAUGAAAGCCUAUAACAGGACCAUGCUUUUUAAUAGUAUCAGCUGUCUCACAGAGUUUAAAAUUAUGUUAUCCCGUGAAUGGCUGUGGUUUGCUCUUUCUUUUCUUUAGCAGUAAUGCUAAAUUUGUAGUUGCAUGAGGACUGAAAACAAUGAAAUAAAGACAAAGCAGC